GCCAGGCUCGCUCCGAGGUGCUCGUAGGCCGCGAGGCGCGGCAGCGGGCGCUGGGCCCGUGCCUUUGAGCGUUUUUCUCCUGGUCCUAUUGUGCCUUGCUUUCUUCGGUCGACGAGGCAGCGCCGCGCAGUAGGAGUGAACACGAGUAGCAACAGCUCUCGCAACAGUGAUCUACGACAGUGAUUUCGUAGCCCAACGACAGCUCUCCGGAGCAACAGUAUACUAAUCCAUCACAUCUCAACGACAAAAGCAACGCACACCAGCAGGAUGUCAGAAAUGCUAAACGCCGACGCGCCGGGCGGCUCGCCCCCCGCCUCUCCGCCUAGAGGACGGCCCCGGCUCCAGCUCAAGAAGCGCGACCCGGCGGCCGCCGCGAGGCUAGCCCAGCAGGCGCCGCGGCGAGGUUCCAACCCGUUCGGCGACGCAAAACCGAGAGAAGAAGUUUUGACCAACAAGGGAAUUGAUGUCAAGGCCAUGGACCGCAAGACGGAGCUGAAAGCGCAAGCGGCCCACCGUUUGACAAGGCAACAGAGAGAAGAGGCCGACGCCAUCGCCGCGGAGGUCAAGCACGCCGAGGAGGCUUUGAGAGAGGCCAAUGAAAAAGAGCUGCCCGAAAAUGCCCUGAGAGCCACUCUAGAACAGAAGCGCAAGGAGCUCAACGACCUCAUGGAGCAGUUCGCGGCCGCGAAUCUGGAGGCGCGAAGCCAGCCGCGGCCGCGCCAGGGCGGCCAGCCGCGCGCGAAGCCCGCGUCCUUCGCCCAGGCCGCCGGCGGCGCGGCGCCGCCGCCGCAGACGGGGCCCAAGCCCUCGAUCCUCGGGGGCGGCGGGCCGAAGCCGUCGAUCCUCUGAGUGUCGCGGGGCGCCGAGCGGCGUGGUUUGCAGGGGGAUAAGUACCCGUCGCUUGC